GGCAGGUGUCAUAUUGCCCAAAAUCUUUCCUCCAGGCAGCUGACUCAUUCCGGUGGAAUAGUAUCGGUUGUGAACCGAAACAAGGACGAAGAUGCCAACCAAAAAGAACAAACCACAGAUAAAUCCGUUUUCAAUGUACAUGCGCGAGCAGGAGCCCAUCCUCCGACGAAGAGGGUUACAGUUUAAUUCAAAGAAGGAGUUGGUCGACUAUUAUUUCCACAUUUUAAUAACCUCUCGGAUUUGGAGCGCCAGAAGUACAAGAACAUGGCGAAGAUCGAAAAGGAGCAGGCCAAGAUGGACCUGACGCGCAAGUUCGACGACCGCGGAGUGCCGCUGUCCCAGAUCGCGGCUGAGCGCGACGAGCUCCGACUGAAGAAGGACAACAUGCUGCGUCACGUGACCAGCAUGGUCCACGACCGCAGCGGCGGCGAGCCGCUCACCAGCGUCAAGUUCUACAACCUGUUUGUCUCGCUGCACUGCUACACGGACUUCGGCAAGGGGGCCGAGUACUUGCCGUGCGAGGUGGCGCUCUGUGAGUGGACAAUCGCCGACGGGGUGCUCCGCUCGUGCUCGUAUCUGAUCGAGCCGGACCGCAUCCCGGCCGGGUACAAGUCGCGCUGCCGCGACAUCUCCGAGGCCACGCACCAGGUGCCGCUCGGCCACCCGGGCGCCGAGACCAACUUCCCCGGCGUCUGGAUCCGGCUCAAGAACUUCAUCAAACCCUCGUUCCGCGUGUACCCGCUGGAGCGGCUGCUGUACGAGCUGUUCCACGCGGCUGGCGAGCCGCAGCUGGAGACCUCGUGCGGCGACCUUCUGAAGCAGGGACACUUUGACUAUCUCACCGACCUCGCCUGUCCGUUCCACCAGGGCAUCGACAACUCUAAGUUCUGCAUGCUAGCGAUGGCGCGCCGCCAAGCCUUCACCGUGCUGGACCGCGUGGUCGGCCAUUUCGGCGUCGAGCUGGUGCCCGGGCGACAUGUGCCGCAGUCGAAGAACGACGCAGGCGUGGCCGUCCGCGAGAAGGAGCCCGACCUGCCGACCGAGUACAAGCUGCUGUCGGCUGGACCGUCGCGGUUCCGGGGCGGCGACCGCGAGACGCCCGUGGUGCCGGACCACGCUGGCCACCUGGCCCAGCGGUUCGCCAAGCAGCCCGGACAGCCGUAG